GUUAUCACUCCCAAGUCUCACCCUAUCAAAUUUCGCCUCGCUUCUUUAAACUGACGUUUUUACUUGUGUGGAAUAUCAAUAGUUUUUUUUCUCCAUGUCUCCCUCUCUCCGCCGUUGUGUUUCUUCCGGGACACCGGCGUCGGCGGCGGCGCCAACGAAGUUAGAGCCGGAUGUGGCAUUUGAAGCUGUGCCUUCAUUAGGAUACUAUUCGGGUCAAACCCGGGUUUUCUCGGAGCACGGCCUCGGAGUGGAUAAUCUGGGUGGAGCUAGGGUCGAAAUGAGGCGUACGCCUUUGGCGGUCUGCGAGUUCUCUGGAGUUAGGGUUAGUGGAAAGAAGGGAGUUGUCGUGUGCAGGAGGAGUAAGAGGUUAAUGAAUGCCGCUGAAACUGAUAUGGGAGCCCGAUUAUCAGGUCUGCCAAGUGAUUUAAGUGAGUGUACGAGUGGGAUGAGGCCAGGCUGUGAAAAUGUAAAAUCCAGUCCGUUGAAUGGCUAUUGGGAUGGUAAAGUUGCAAUUUUUGGCCAGUCAGGAGCCAAGGGUUUUGCGGGUGGUGGGAAGGGAAAUGCUGGGGCAACCCGUGAUCAAGAAGCUGGGAAAAUAAUGAGUAAUGAGGGAAAUUUGGUGAGUUGUUCCAGUGGAGAGUGUGGGAAGAUGGGUGACAAGGUGGAGUUGAUAGUCAAAGCAGAGUCAACAGCACUGGUGAAUAAUGGAGCGUGCGAGGUACUGCAAAGGCGUUUCACUCGGUCUAGUUUGAAGCGGAAGGUGGAAGUGGCACCCGAAAUGGGAAGCGUAGACGGGAAAGGGCUUGCUGAUGAUGCUGAGGUUUUGAAAGCCAAGGGUGGUGGUUCUACUGCCUUGGGUAUUCAUACAGAGAGGCUAGAGAUUGAAAUUUCCAAGAAGACCCAGCUAAAAGAAAGACCAAAUACUGUUAGAAAGCUUUUCCGCACUGGUUUGCUGGAAGGAUAUGAUGUCUUCUACAAAGCAGGCAAAAGGGGAGUAUUGCUACGUGGAAUAAUUAAAGGUGUUGGAAUUCUGUGCUCCUGUGAGAUGUGCAAGGGAUCCAUAGUUCUCUCUCCUUGUAAAUUUGAGAUGCAUGCACGCAAGUCAUAUAAGCGCGCAUCACAGUAUAUCGUCUUUGAAAAUGGGAAGAGCCUGCUCGAAUUGGUGAAGGAAUGCAGGAAAUGCUCUUUAGAGACAUUAGAAGAAACAAUUCAGAGUUGUAUAGGGCUGCCUUGUGUACGUGAAGAAACCAAUCUGUGCCAGAAAUGCAAGGGGCCAUUGCUGGCAACAUCUGCUGCAAAACAUCCACUAUGUCAUCUGUGCUUGAUUGUUACAAGAUCAGAUGCUGAAGUGGGGACCUCUGAACCAGAUGAGAAGUUAAAUUCUUCUGCAAGUGUCAAAGUUGUUGCUUCUUCCAUGAUUAGUACUGAAGGGAGGAAAAAGAGAAAGACCUCUGACACAGUUGAGAAGUUAAACUCUUCUGCACCUGUCAAAAUUGUCACUUCUUCCGCUAUUAGUACUAAAGGGAGAGAAAAGAGGAAGGCCAUGUAUUUGGCUUCAAAUGGAGAGGCUUCUCUGAGAUUUUCAGCGCGUUUAUUGCCAAGACAGACAAGUCAAUCAGAGAUUUUAAAGAGAAGGGUAACAAGACCACCAGAUGCUUCUAAAAGCGACAAAUUCAAAAUGAAGAUGGAUGGGCAGAAUUUGAAAAAAUUUUCCAGAUCCACUCCUGCUAUGAAGUUUGCAAAAAGCACUACAAGUACAACACAUACUCGUGUUCAAACCAAGAAUCAGUGGAAACUUACAAAAAAAGACCAAAAGAUGCAUUGGAUGGUCUUUGAGGAGGGAGGUCUGCCUGAUGGGACUGAAGUAGGUUAUUAUUCUCAUGGAAAGAGGUUGCUUGUUGGCUAUAAAAAAGGAUUUGGCAUAUUUUGUACGUGCUGCAAUACUAAGGUCACCCCGUCACAGUUUGAAGCUCAUGCUGGCUGGGCCUCUAGAAAGAAACCCUACAUGUUUAUAUACACAUCUAACGGAGUGUCCCUUCAUGAAUUUGCUAUAUCUCUAUUAAAAGACCGCCAUAGUUCAGUUAAAGACAAUGAUGACUUGUGUAUUAUAUGUGCUGAUGGUGGCAAACUCGUGCUUUGUGAUGGAUGCCCAAGGGCCUUCCAUAAAGAAUGUGCCUGCUUGGACAGUGUCCCCAGUGAUAAGUGGUAUUGUAAAUACUGUGAGAAUAUGUUCCAGAGGGAGAAGUUUGUGCAAUACAAUGAUAAUGCUUUUGCAGCUGGAAGGGUAUCUGGUAUUGAUCCAAUAGAGCAGAUAACAAAGUGCUGCAUUCGUAUUGUUGAAAACCUGGAAGAAGCAAAAGUCAUUGCAUGUGUAUUGUGCAGAGGUUAUGAUUACAGCGGGUCUGGUUUUGGACCAAAUACAGUCAUAUUGUGCGAUCAGUGUGAGAAGGGAUAUCACAUUGGUUGCUUGAAAAAGCACAAGGUGGCUGACCUCAAGGGACUGCCCAAAGGAAAAUGGUUCUGUUGCAUUGAUUGCAAAAGGAUAGAUUCAGAUUGCUUCAAUCCUAUUGUUGAUUCAGUAACUGGGCGUGAUUUUAUUCCAUCAAUGGUUUACGGGCGAAGGAGCAUUAGAUGGCAAGACUUCAGAGGCAUGCACUGUGCAGUAUUAACUCUAAACUCAACUGUAAUAUCAGCUGCCAUCUUCCGAGUUUUUGGCCAAGACUGCGCAGAAAUCCCUCUAGUGGCGACUCGUAUUGGAAGUCAGGGGAAGGGUUACUUUCAACUCCUAUUUUCCUGCAUAGAGAAAUUGCUUGCAUUUUUGAAAGUGAAAACCUGCGUUCUUCCAGCCGCGUAUGAUGCAAUGUCAAUAUGGACCAAAAAAUUUGGAUUCAAAGAGAUAUCUCCUCAGCGCCUUGCCGACUACAGAAAGAUUUGCUGGCAGAUGGUUAGCUUUAAUGGAACGUCUAUGCUUGAAAAAGAGGUUCCCAAAUGUAGAGUUAUUCGUCAAGGUGCCAGAAUGGGUGCUGCCGUGCAGAAACCAGGUACUGUGAAACCAGAAGAGAGAUGUAAUUUGAUAUAGCCAAAGAGGGUUGUGAUUGCAAGUGUUGUUGAUCGAUACUGAGACAGAAGUAGAGCUGUAAAAGUGUGCAAAUUAGAAUGGGCAGACCAAAAUGGGCAAAAUUGGAAAUCAACUACUACCUCCGUCCCGGAGUAUUCGUCCAGUUUUGACUUUUGGAACUGUUCAUCUAAGCACUUUGACUCAUCAAAUUCUCUCAAUGUGUAAGCCUAAAUAUAGUCAUGUGUGAUCUUGUUUGAUUUGUCUUAACAUAUAGAUUAUUAAUAUAUAAUUUCUAUAAUUUUUUAAUAUACAAAUUACAAGAUAAAAUGGAUUAAAGAAGUGUAUUGAAUGGUGUGUAAAAAUGAAAGUNCUCCGUCCCGGAGUAUUCGUCCAGUUUUGACUUUUGGAACUGUUCAUCUAAGCACUUUGACUCAUCAAAUUCUCUCAAUGUGUAAGCCUAAAUAUAGUCAUGUGUGAUCUUGUUUGAUUUGUCUUAACAUAUAGAUUAUUAAUAUAUAAUUUCUAUAAUU